CUCUUGAUAUACACCAGAGAAGCCAGGGAAUUUUGAAAAGAAAAGAAAGAAGAUGAAUUCUGAAGAUGGCUCUGUAACAGAGAACAGCUCUUCACACCUGGAGAGAGGGGAGAAGGACCACAGCAACACUAUAUUUGAGAAACAUCAUGAAGGAUCCAUUCAAGUUCCUAUCCCUUGUGCUGUGUUGCCAGUGUUCAUCAUUACUUCCUUAAUUAUAGCUCUGGUUGCCUUGAGUGUGGGCCAGUACAAUUGCCCUGGCGUGUAUACGAACUUGGCAUCACCCGGCCGCCGUGUCACUUCCUGCGAGGACGAGUGGAUAGCAUACCAGAGGAAAUGCUACCUUUUCUCCACCACAGCCAACAGCUGGGCCUCGGCCCAGAACUCUUGUUUUCAAGAGGGUGCUACCCUUGCUGUUAUUGAUUCCCAAAGGGACAUGAUAUUUCUGAAGCGAUACGCUGGUGGUCAGGAACACUGGAUUGGGCUGAGAAAUGAAGCUAACCAGACAUGGAAAUGGGCAAACGGCCAAGAAUUUAACAGCUGGUUCAACCCGACAGGGUCUGAGAGGUGUGUGUCUCUGAACAACACAGACAUUACUACUGUGGACUGUGAGGGAAACUUACACUGGGUCUGCAGCAAGCCCUCCAGAUGACAAGGGAGCCUUUAUCUACAGAGGACUGCGUCACGGAUCCACAGGAAACUAGUGUGACUGGAUAACACUCUAUGGUCAAAUUUCCCACAAAAACCUCCCAGACCAACUGUACCUGAUCCCGGGACUCUUCCAGACAGGACUUGACUGUGACCAAGGGAGAGAAAUUCCAGGAAGAUCUAUAUUGGGGUCUCCCUCGACCAUGACCUGAAAAUGUCACUCACAUCAAAAAUGGAGAGGGUGACUCCGAAGCCUCAUAGAUGCACUUUAUAUUUUAAAUCUAGAAUGGAUAAAACGACUAGGUUUAGAGUUACUAUUUAUUGCUGAAUGACGGCGACAGCCAGUGCCUUCAUGCAUUUGCACUAUUUGAAAGGGCCUGGAUGGUAGUAAAACUGAAAGUAGAUAUAGGAAAUUUUUUCUGAUUAAUGAUUUUUCUUAAACUCAAAAAGUAUCACAAGUAGGCCAAUGCUUAGGAAACAAAGCUUUGCAGUAGCUUCCUCUAUUUACAGACCUUUGACACUUCAUUUUGUCAAUUGUUUGCCCCCAAAAGAAUGAGGGUGAUUUUUCUUUAACUUCCUUGAUGGAGACAGCACAUUUUCAGUGGCACCUAUUUCUUUUGUCUUUAAAAAUCGGCUCUGUAAAUGUAUUUCAAGGGAGAGAUGAAAGCAUAUGAGGAAUGUUCUAAAGCAGAUCUCAAAAUGCUGGGGGAAAAAAAAGUGCAAUACGUGUUGUGGCUGAUCUCUGACAGGACCUACACCAAGUGGUUUGACUCUGGAAUAAUUCCAAGAGUGUCAAAUAGCCAUUCGUGUCCUUCCCAGUCUAUCAUGUCACAUGUAGUACUUUGUUCAAUGUAUUUCCUAUGUGCAAUAAAACGUUCAUAUAUUUGUUUGUAUUUUAAGUCUCUGUAUAAUGUUAAGCCGUUUCUAUGAAUGUGAAAAUAAAAGAAUUGACACAAUG